GGACACUGGUGGCGAUGGCCCGGAGGAGGCUGGACAGUCGCAGUGGGUCCUCGGCUCUGCUGUCAGAGAUUCACUCUCACAUCCACACGGAUCCUCUGGACACCCUGUUUGACAUAGGCAAAGAACUGGGCAGGGGGAAGUUUGCAGUGGUUAAGCGUUGUGUGGAAAAGACCACGGGUAAAGUCUUUGCUGCAAAGUUCAUCAAGAAGCGGCGACGAGGUCGUGACUGCAGAGCAGAUGUCAUUCACGAGAUUGCUGUUUUAGAGGCAGCCAAGAACAACCCUCGGGUGGUGAACUUGAACGCUGUAUAUGAGACUGAUUAUGACCUAGUUCUGAUGCUGGAAUUCGCGGCGGGUGGUGAGAUAUUUAACCACUGUGUGUCAGAUGAGCUGCUGCCUGAAGGUCAGAUCACUCGUCUCAUCAGACAGAUGCUUGAGGGCAUUCACCUACUGCACCAGAGCAGCGUGGUCCACCUGGACCUAAAGCCCCAGAAUAUUCUCUUGACAAGUCUGAGCCCUUUGGGGGAUAUAAAGAUAGUGGAUUUUGGAUUGGCCCGCAGGUUGGGUUCUGCUGGGGAGCUCCGAGAGAUUCUGGGAACCCCUGAGUAUGUAGCUCCUGAAAUUCUGAACUAUGAACCAAUCACCACAGCAACAGACCUCUGGAGUGUGGGUGUGAUCACUUAUAUGCUGGUGACAGGAGAGUCUCCCUUCGCUGGCGAUGACAAACAAGAGACCUUCCUAAAUGUUUCCCAGGUGAACGUGGAAUAUAGCAGAGAGACCUUCUCAAGGGUCUCUGAACUGGCUGUCGACUUCAUCCGGAAACUGCUGGUCAAAGCGCCAGAAGACCGUCCCAGUGCAGCCGAUUGCAUGACCCAUCCCUGGCUGUGGCUUCAGUAUCCAGGUUCUGAUCCGGUCCCCAUGACCCCACGCACUCCUCGGGAAAGGAGUUUUGGUGGGAAGUGGUCUGCUCCACCUGAGGACCCUGAAGACAAGGAGAACAUUCUGGACUCGCCGCACGCCAAGAGGUUUCGUUUCGACGAGGACAUGUCAGCCACGGGCGACGGUGACAACUUAUGCUGAUCCUAAAGGGAAAGCCCCUUGCACUAUAGAGCAUUAUGUCACAUUUGUGGCCUCUUUUUUGCUGGCUCAAGUAUUGGCCCACACAGCACCAGCAAACAUGCUUCUGUCCUAAAGCUGUUUUCACUAUCCUUUGGUUGACCAAAGAUGAUCAUUUCAAAAAAGGGCAAAAUCUGGUGUAAUAUUAUAGUAGUGAGAAUCUAAAUAUGUAUGUUGCUGUCCUGUUUCAAGAUGAGCUUUUUCAUGUCAUGUUUGCAUUUUAAAUUAUUAAUUUGAACAUAUUGUCUAUUUUAAUUGAUAUUCAGUAUCGAUUUUAUUUCCUGCAGCCCUUAGAUUCGAUUACUGCACUUAAACAAGUCGGAGUGCUCAAGUGUGCCAGGGGUUUUAAAGGGUCACUUCACCACAGAAUUACAAUUCUGGCUUAUUUUACUUGCCUUGUUGUUUUUGGUCAAAUCAGACAGACACCAUUGCUCAAAUCUCUUCUACACCCAAAACUU